ACCGAGAAUGAUAGUCGCCCGAUGGCCUCAUGGGGGCCUGAAUAUGUCCCCACUCAGCCACCUCAGCCACUGACAGUGCCGAGCCAAUCAUACGCUGAGCCAGUGCCCGCACGUUCCAUCUCGCUCACCGAGGAGUCGGAUCCCCAUCAUGGUCACUCGCAUACCGGUCAUAGCCACUCUGCUGCACAUCGGCGCCGAGGGGGCUCUCCACGUCGUACGCGCUCGCCAUCGCCCCGUUUUGCUGCCACGAUGAGGUUAAGCCCUCUGCCCUCAAGUAAGCGGCUCCUAGAGAAAAAACCAGCACUCGCUUGCCUUUUCUGCAGAGGGCGUAAAAUCGCAUGCGGCCCGCCUGUACCGGGAAGCAAGGACAAAACCUGCAAUCAGUGCGCUAGGCGUCACCUAAAGUGCGAGUACCCUCUCGAAUCGAGACGUGGGAUGCGUAAGCGAAAGGCGUCAGCCUCGACACCUCCUUGCAGCACUCCUGCGAACGUGAACGUCGACGGUCCGAAGGUCACGGUUAAGGCUAGCCGAAAGCGGUGAGCUUACAGGCAGGGCCUGUCAGGUAACCUCGUGUGUUUUUUUAGAGAAAAAAAAUGUUAUCAUUUCAUCCACGAGGGUGCUGGGGCGUGGGCGGCCGGUGUAUUGGCUGUCCCAUUGUCUGGGCUGGCUGUGAAAUAUAUCUGUAUUUAGCAUUAUCUCAUAACUCGUCGCACUUUUUUCUUUCUUCCUCCCUUUAUUUCGUCACUCCCAUACCUUUUUCAUUUUUUCGUACAUUUACAUUUUAUACCUUCGUCUUAUUUGGUGCUCACUUUUCCAUUGUUAUAUUUGAGCUGACAUCAUCCGUACCUUGUUCUUAUCCUUCUUUUGUGAUUGGGUCACUUUUUCGGUUGUGCCGAUUCACAGUGUCCUGUGCUGUCGUUUUUGUCUUUUAAAUUGCUAUGUCGUCACGUUUUACAGUAUGUCCUUGCAUCAUGCAAAUGCCAACAUGUCCUAUGUUGUCUUACUAGAAGUUAAUGGGAUAGGUUUCCUACAGCU